UCGAAGGUCAGCGUCCGAGUGGACAUUGGAGGCGACUGUUUACGGCACUGCAGCUCCCUCUCUUUUGCACGUAGACGUUGGCUUGUCCCAUGACGGUUUGAUACCAAAAGUUGGCGUAAGAUUUUGUGUUGAAGAUGAACCUGGAGAUAUCAGGUAUCCCCCUGACGUGGAUUUUGGCGGGAAUUCUGCCGAUCCUGUUUUAUCUGUACUAUAUCCGCCCCCUGUCGCUGUUUAAGAAGAUGGGUGUCCCCGGACCGCGACCAUGGCCCGUCAUCGGCGACUUCUUCGGGCAGAUGAUACGGGGUUUCUGGGCUCCAGACUACCAAGUUCAGAUGAUGCGACAAUAUGGAGAGGUGUAUGGGGUAUUUUCGGGAUCAAACCCAGUCCUGAUGGUUUCUGAUCCGGAGAUGUUACGUGAGAUUUUCGUCAAGCAGUUUCACAAGUUUUCGCGUCGCAAUCCUGAAAGCAUGACUCUCAGGACCACACCGCAAGGCCGAUACCUCAUCAACCUGAGUGGUGAGGACUGGAAGAACGUGAGGACCACACUCACACCUGCCUUCAGCAGCGGCAAACUCAAACUGAUGUUAGAACAACUGAAUCGUUGUGCAAACAUACUUGCAGAAAAAGUCGGUGAAUCCGCAAAGACCGGCAAACCCUUUAAAGCAAGAGAACUGACUGGGGGUUUUACCAUGGAUGCCAUCGCCAGCACAGCGUUUGGUACUGAGAUAGACUCCCAGGGGAACCCUGAGGACCCGUUCGUGAUCCACGGAAAGCAGGGAUUGAAGUUCGACUUCAAGAACCCGGUGGUGUGGCUGUUCAUUUGCUUCCCGAAAAUCAUGAAGCCCAUCUUGGAGGCCAUAAACUGGGACUUCUUCCCUAAGAAGUCCUACAAGUUCUUCGAGAGCGUUUUCGACCAGCUGAUGGCUAUGCGUCAUCAUGGUGGAAUCGAACGAGUGGACUUCAUGCAACUGAUGGCGAAUGCUCACAAAGAGAAGGAAGAAGACAAAGAAGACAUGGGAGAGGUCAAGGUUCAAGGUCAGAGAAAAGCUCUAACCAAAGCCGACGUGGUGUCCAACGGCAUCCUGUUCUUCCUGGCCGGGUAUGACACAACCUCCCUCACCAUGGCCUACACCAUGUACAACCUCGCUCUGAACCAGGAGGCACAGGAUAACGUCAUUCGGGAGGUGGAUGACGUCAUGGAAGGAAAGGAUGAUAUUGACAAUGAGGCCCUCGGUCAGCUGACCUAUCUGGAGAUGUGCAUAAUGGAAACACUUCGACUGUACCCACCGGGUGCUAAUGUCAUGACGCGCUGCUGUGUUGAAGACGCCGUGGUGAAUGGACUGUCAAUACCCAAGGGCAUGACCAUUCUCGUCCCCAUACAGGGGAUCCACUAUGACCCGGAACGUUGGCCCGAACCGAAGAAGUUCAUUCCUGAAAGGUUCACUAAGGAGGAGAGGGAGAAGCGCAACCCGUUCCACUGGCUUCCCUUCGGAGCGGGCCCGAGGAACUGUAUCGGGAUGCGCCUGGCCAUGAUGGAGGCUAAGAUCGGGCUGGCCAAGGUCUUCAUGAAGUACCGUAUCCUGCCUUGUGCCGAGACACAGGUUCCUUUGAAGAUAAAGAAGCACGAGGUCUUCCCCGCCGCCGAGGAUGGCGUCAUGCUGAAAGCAACCCCGAGGGACAAGUCUGAGAACUGAGGAAAUGUCAUUUUUUGGAACGACGUCAUUUUCGAAAAGGUG